UUCAGCCACUCCGAUAUAGAACCAACCUUGUAUACACUGGUGUAGCAGCAGCGUUGUGCGUGUAAGACUUGGCGUUGCCGACCUCCCGCAGAUCAGUAGUGUACGUACACGAGCGGCGUCCCACUUGCUGUCAGAAUGGGCAUAGAGUGGUUUGGUUUCAGCUAUGCAGCCCUGGUUGCUUCUGGAGGAGUUAUUGGCUAUGUAAAGGCAGGUAGUGUUCCGUCUCUUGCUGCCGGUCUUCUGUUCGGAGGUCUAGCUGGGUUUGGAGCCUAUCAGAUGUCACAGGAUUCAAAGAAUGUAUUACUUUCACUGAUUGCAUCAGGCACGUUAGCGGGAGUUAUGGGAUACAGAUUCUACAACUCUGGAAAAUUCAUGCCAGCUGGAUUAAUUGCUGGUGCCAGUCUGCUAAUGUUGGGAAGGCUGGGACUGAAAAUGUUGGAGAAACCUCAUGAGUCAUAAUGGAACUGAGGCACGGAAAUCUACAUCUAUAUCUUCAGUGAACAGUGGCCUGAUCUGAAUAUACCUGUUUAAUGCAAAUCUCACUAGUUUUUCUAAGUAAAAAACUGUUUUUACUAAAUAAUAA